GUGAGAAGAAAAGUUACAUCACGCAUGUUGUCAGAGAAAAAGUGCAUCGUCGUGGAAAUUUCGCAUCAAUUUAGAUUUUGAUUUGCGUUUGAAAAAGUAAGAAAUUCUACUCCAUUUAGUAAACCAAGUGUUCUAGUGGUGUUGCCGUACAUUUGAGUGCAUAUAUCGAAAUGAAGUAGUCCACGGGGAAACUUAAACAAAGACCAAUUUGCACCUACGCUAUUUCUUCCGUCGAUUAUGUCCGAAUCGAAGCAGUUGUUUCUUUAAGUUAUCAAAAUAUAGUUAUCGGAUCAAGUGGCAUAAUUCAACUGAAGAAGCAUUACUAGCACCUGCUGAUUUUGACUAUUGGUUUCUAGUGAUCUGAAACAUUAUUAGUAGAAAAAGCUUAUUUCCCCACCAUAGGUUUUUUAUUUAUCCGACGCACCCAAUCAGCAGAAACGUUUUUGAGCCAACAAUUUCUUUUCUUUUUCUCUGAUAUGUGUACGUUGUUGUAGGAAAAUAUUCGAAACCAAGCCGAAACAAACGAGUUUAUUUCUAAUCAGCUUCUUUUUGCUACUAUUAUGCCUCUCGUCAUCAUCGCCGAUCAAAUUUAACAAACUUGGCAACUUGAAUAUUUUGAAAUCGGUCGAAUUGUGUCGCGUUGUUUCGCACAUUUCAAAAACUUCUUGUUCGAACGGUGAAACAAACAAACCAAAAACUGCAAUCGAAUACAAAUAUCCGUGAAAAUUGAAAACAUUUGCGAAUGGCCGCCUAUCUGAACCGUACCCUUUCGAUGGUGACGGGCUCCACGAAUGGGCCGGCUUCGUCGUCGGGCUACGACACGGCCGCGCUGAUCGAUGCGAACACGUCGUCGCCGCGGGGUUUGCACUCGGCGGCCAUUGGGGGUGGUGCCGGACACAACGAUGUCUCGCCGCUGCAGAUUUUCGUCCGAGCCAAGAAGAAGAUCAACGACAUUUUUGGCGAAAUCGAAGACUAUGUGGCGGAAACAACCGGAUUCAUUGAAGCACUCCCGACGAUGGUGGAAAUUGUCGAUAAGGCCGAAUCGGAACAGUUCAAGAGUUAUGUGUUCAAGGUGUCCGGCAUUCGAGAAGUCCUCGCUCGCGAUCACAUGAAGGUUGCGUUCUUUGGGCGCACCUCCAAUGGCAAAAGCUCAGUGAUCAACGCUAUGUUGCGGGACAAAAUUCUACCGAGUGGCAUCGGUCAUACAACCCACUGUUUCUGCCAAGUUGAGGGCAUUGAUGGCGAUGAGGCUUAUCUGGUCAAGGAAGGUUGCGAUGAGAAGCUGAACGUUACGUCGAUCAAACAACUCGCCAACGCAUUAUGCCAGGAAAAACUUUCGGAGAGCUCAAUGAUUAGGAUAUUCUGGCCUCGAAAGCGAUGCAACCUCCUCCGAGAUGACGUGGUGUUUGUCGAUUCUCCCGGUGUUGAUGUUUCACCAAAUCUGAACGAUUGGAUCGAUAACUUUUGCUUGAAUGCCGACGUUUUUGUACUGGUGCUGAACGCAGAAUCAACUAUGACCUUGGCGGAAAAACACUUCUUCCACGAAGUAUCAACUCGGCUGUCAAAACCAAACAUUUUUGUGCUGAAUAACCGAUGGGACGCGUCUGCUUCGGAGCCGGAGUUUCAAGAAUCGAGGGACCUGGAUAAGGUCAAAGCACAACACCAAGAACGAUGCGUGGAUUUUCUCGUUAAGGAGUUGAAGGUUGCGUCCGCCAAGGAGGCUGAAGAACGUGUAUUUUUCGUAUCUGCUCGUGAAACCUUGCAGGCCCGUCUGAAGGAAGCCGAAGGACUACCAGCAAUAGCCGGUGCCUUGGCCGAGGGUUUCCAAAACCGGUUCUUCGAGUUCCAGGACUUUGAACGGAAGUUUGAGGAAUGCAUCUCCAAGAGCGCUGUUCGAACCAAAUUCGAACAGCACAGCUCUCGCGGUAAGAGCAUUUCCACUGAGAUGCGAACUAUGUUGGACAAUAUUUAUGACAGGGCGAACGUCUUGCGCAAUCAAAAGCUUGAGCAAAAGAAAAAGCUAACCGACCGGAUUGCCAAUACCGAAACCCAGUUGAUGCAAGUGACACGUGAGAUGAAAAUGAAAAUUCACAACAUGGUGGAGGAAGUCGAACAGAAGGUAGCAAAAGCACUGAACGAAGAAAUUUGGCGGCUGAAUGUGCUGGUGGAUGAAUUCAAUCUGCCGUUCCACACAGAUGCAUUGGUUUUGAAUGUUUACAAGAAGGAAAUCAAUGCCCAUGUAGAAAGUGGCCUGGGUUCAAACCUGAGGGCGCGACUCAGCACAGCCUUAGCCAUGAACGUUGAAACGGCACAACGGGAAAUGACCGACCGCAUGACGGCACUUGUACCAACGGACAAGGUCAUAACCCACACGCACCACGUCGUUGCGCGGAACCAACCAUUCGAAAUGUUGUACACGCUGAACUGUCAGAACCUGUGUGCCGAUUUUCAAGAAGAUUUGGAGUUCCGUUUUUCCUGGGGAGUUACUGCGUUCAUUGCAAGGUUCAAUGGAAAAAUGCGUGCGAAUAACAAAAAAGCCAUCACACACAAUAGGCAAAGUAGCAAUAUGAAUGUGUCGCAAAUUAUGUCUCCUACUUCACCAAUGUGUCUUGUGCCCGAAAACGAAUUGAUCACAGAAGAACAGUUGUCGGUGAUAUCAAAAGUGGCAAUAGCUUCGAUCGGAUCGCAGGGUACACUCGGACUGCUAGUUGCUGGAGUGCUGCUUAAAACAAUUGGCUGGCGAGUGAUUGUGGGCGCCGGAAUCCUCUAUGGUAGCGUAUAUUUGUACGAGCGUCUAUCCUGGACCAACGCCGCCAAGGAGAAGAACUUCAAGAACCAGUACGUGCAGCAUGCAACACGGAAACUAAAACUGAUAGUUGACCUAACCUCGGCCAACUGCAGCCACCAGGUGCAACAGGAACUGUCCAGCACUUUCGCCCGAUUGUGCCGCGUGGUCGAUACUGCUAGCACGGACAUGAACACCGAACUGAAGGACAUCGAAACCUCCCUGGCCGUGAUCGAGGCCAACCAAAAGCAAAUCAAGGUGCUCAGCAAUAAGGCUAACUUUAUCCAGCGUGAAUUGGAAAUCUUCGAUAGCAACUACAUCAAAGAGAAUUAAUAAUGGACCUACUUGUAUGCAGAAGGUCAAAGAAAAGCGUAGAUUUGUUGUAUUUUUCAGGUCGGUAGAAGCAAUUUAUUGUCACUCGAACCGGUAUCAAAACCAAACAAAUUUUGCAAUGUAGAUUGAUGUGACGAAAAGUUUUGUUACUUAGAACUAUUAUUGUUUCUUUGUCACUCAUUUUACCUGAUUCGAUACAUUAAGUCAUUGCUAGAUUUAUAUUUUUUAAAUGUAACUUGCUUUAGUUCCAUUAUUUUCUUUAGUUGCUGUGUACCAACAAGUUUGGUUAAAUAGAUAGUUAUCGUCACCCAAAGCAAGAAUCUACACUACAACCGAAUAUGUAAUAACGCAAACAUUAUUGAAAAAAGUGAGUGAAACUUACUAAGAGAAUGCGCUAGUGAACAAUUAACAUAAUAUAUUUCAACCUAACUGUGUAUAAUAUAUCUUAAGACUGUACUAGGAGGAGUGAACCAUUUUCUGUAAAAAAAAGUCUUUGCUGUCUCCCGCCGUUACAGAUGAAAUAAGAGGCAGUUUUUUGUUGAAAGUAGUUAAUAGCAGUUGUAAAAAUAAAUGUAGUCUAUCAGAAAAAAUUGAAAUCGGAUUAUAGACAAAACAUAGAUUAGGCUGGCCGCGAAACAUAUGUUAGAAAUAGAACGCAUCCAUGGUUUUUUUUAACUGUUAGACUACACAGCAUAAACAUGUUUUUUUUUUUUAAUUUCGAUCAAGCUGUGUUGGGCAUUAAUAACAGAAUUUUAGUUUCACGAUUCAACACGAAUAAAAUAUUUUCAAAAACCUAUAGAAUUGGUGUAAAAAAAUGAUCAAAGCUAAUUAAAAAAUUGAAAA